CCCGCCCCCGCUCUCGUUCUCUCUCCCGCCCCGCGGCGGAGGCGGCGCUUACGGGGACGGCGUUUGUCGCGGAGCUCGUCGCAUCUCGCACGGAGAAACUCACCAAUUUCAAAAUGUCAUCAGUCAAACGCUUGGUUUAUGCAGUCAUCCAUUUCUUGAGAGAGCAGAGUCAGAUGGAUACUUUCACUCCAGAUGAGCAAGAAAGUUUGGAAGUUGCAAUUCAGUGUUUGGAAACUGUGUUUAAGAUUAACCUGGAUGAUACUCAUCUUGCACCUCCCCAGCAUUUGAUAGAAAUGUUCACAAAUUCUUUUCACAAGAAUGACAUGCUGCCUCUCUCAGAUUCUUUACCAGAGGAUGCUGAAAAGGCAGACCAGCUGAAGGAUGAAGGUAACAAUCAUAUGAAAGAAGAAAACUAUGGUGCUGCAGUGGAUUGUUAUACUAGGGCUAUAGAAUUGGAUCCAAACAAUGCAGUCUAUUACUGCAACAGGGCUGCUGCUCAAAGUAAGCUCAACAACUACAAUGAAGCAAUAAAGGAUUGUGAGAGAGCCAUAGCAAUAGAUCCAAAGUACAGCAAAGCAUAUGGGAGAAUGGGGUUGGCUCUGACCUCAGUGAAUAAAUACGAAGAAGCAGUUACCAGUUACCAAAAAGCACUGGAUCUUGAUCCAGAGAAUGACUCUUAUAAGUCAAAUUUGAAAAUAGCAGAACAGAAACUAAGAGACAUGUCCAGUCCUACUGGACCUGGACUGAGCUUUGACAUGGCAAGCUUGAUAAACAAUCCUGCCUUCAUUAGUAUGGCAGCAAGCCUAAUGCAGAAUCCUCAAGUGCAACAACUGAUGUCGGGGAUGAUGUCAAAUGCCAUCGGUGGCCCUGCCGCGGGUGUUGGUGGCCUGUCAGAUUUGUCCAGCCUGAUCCAUGCGGGGCAGCAGUUUGCGCAACAGAUACAGCAGCAGAAUCCUGAGCUUAUAGAGCAACUGAGAAAUCAUGUCCGGAGCAGAUCUUUCAGUGGCAGCACUGAAGAACAUUCUUGACUUAAAGGAGGCAUGUGAAUUGUAAUGGUAUAUAACCCCCAAAUGCAUACCAUAGCUAGUAGCAAAAGCACCAUUGUAAUUCUUCUGCUUGAAUAGAAGAUGGAAAAUUCUUUGUGCGUGUUUGCAAACAAGAAUAAAUCUGUUAAACAGAUCUAUUGCACAUAACUUGAAACAUACUGUUUAUGUGUAGUUACUCCUCUAAAAAUGAAUACACUAAAUAGGUGGUUUAUUAAAAUCCCUAAGUACAAGUCAUUUUCUGUACGUGCAUUAGAUUGAUCUCCAGGGCUGUUGAAUGGGGAUAAGUUUUAUAGUGGUCUAAUCUUCCAUAAGAGCUUAAUGCAAAAAUGGUAGUGUAAAAGGCAUUUUAUUCUUGUGGUAAAAAUCAUUAUAGCUGCACUACUCACUAUCAAAUACUGAAGCAGUAGGCCCACCUGAUGUGCCCUUUCUAACAAGUGUAAAUCAGCAUUGGAGUACAGUGUACUUAGAACCAGUGCUUGAAAAGUGUUUCUUUAAGUCUGUGGAGGGGCCAUCAUUAGUAACAUGAAAUGUAUUUCAACUUCAUUGGGCCAGGAGGGAGAGAAUCAUAGAGAAAGGAGACACUAAUCCUGAAUAGGGUAAUACACAGAAACCAAAACAGAACUUUUGCCUUGGGAAGGGAAAGCAUAUUGAAGAAGUUUAGACCUUUUUACUGCCAUGUAUACCCUCAAAUCAUGAGGUAGCCCUGGAGGUCAGCAUUAUGUCAAUAUUUUCUUAGGCAUGGCAAACUGUAUUACAUUUUGUAUGUAUGCAGUAUUUAACAUAAGCUUGAAAUGCUUAACUGUAAUAAGCUAAAACUGAUCCUGUGGCUGUACAAAUAACUACUACUGAAAAUUUAUCAAGAAGUAACUUUCUCAGAAGGAUUCUUUUUCUAUGCUUGUGUAUUAAAUCAUUGGUUCAAACAACUGAUUUUUUUUUUUCCCAGUUUCAUGACACACACCUAUUUUAUGUCAUUGUUAUAUGGCUAAGUUAAAUAUUUUUCCACUAUAGUACUUCUGUUCCUCAGGCUGAUUUCUCACACUCACCUUCCUACUUUAAGACAGAAAGAAUGUCAAGAACUUCUUGAAAGUUCCUUAAGAACUAAGAAAUGUGAUAAUGUUCAAAGACUGUCUGUAGAAGUUGUACUGUCAAAUACAAGACCUACAGCUUACUGGGUUCAUGAGAGAGCUAUUUCCAGGUUUAAAGGGAAUUAAGCCUUGGUUAGUUGUCUGAAAACUACUCUGGAAAUUAUAGAAUUGUAACUUUCAUUUCACACACUAUGAUAUUGUCAUGUUUAAGUUUUACAGAGAAUAUAUACACUGUAAGAAUGUGUAACCAGAAUAUUAUAUUAAGACAUUGAUGGCAUUGGCUAACUACCUAGUUAUGUAGCUAACAAUUGGCU